AUGACAAAGCUCGCAAACAAGGCCCUCUGCGCUAUUGGCUUUAACUCUUUGGCCUUUCCAUCGAGUGUCUUUGCAGCCAUGUUAACUAUGUCGAGGAAGGCGAGUCGGGUGGCCGUCGAGAGCUCAAAGCAAGGACAAAAACAAUGGUCAAGUAAGGACGACGUACGUCCUCCUCCUCCUCCUCCUCCUCCUCCUCCUCCUCCUCCUCCUCCUCCUCCUCCUCCUCCUCCUCCUCCUCCUCCUCCUCCUCCUCCUCCUCCUCCUCCUCCUCCUCCUCCUCCUCCUCCUCCUCCUCCUCCUCCUCCUCCUCCUCCUCCUCCUCCUCCUCCUCCUCCUCCUCCUCCUCCUCCUCCUCCUCCUCCUCCUCCUCCUCCUCCUCCUCCUCCUCCUCCUCCUCCUCCUCCUCCUCCUCCUCCUCCUCCUCCUCCUCCUCCUCCUCCUCCUCCUCCUCCUCCUCCUCCUCCUCCUCCUCCUCCUCCUCCUCCUCCUCCUCCUCCUCCUCCUCCUCCUCCUCCUCCUCCUCCUCCUCCUCCUCCUCCUCCUCCUCCUCCUCCUCCUCCUCCUCCUCCUCCUCCUCCUCCUCCUCCUCCUCCUCCUCCUCCUCCUCCUCCUCCUCCUCCUCCUCCUCCUCCUCCUCCUCCUCCUCCUCCUCCUCCUCCUCCUCCUCCUCCUCCUCCUCCUCCUCCUCCUCCUCCUCCUCCUCCUCCUCCUCCUCCUCCUCCUCCUCCUCCUCCUCCUCCUCCUCCUCCUCCUCCUCCUCCUCCUCCUCCUCCUCCUCCUCCUCCUCCUCCUCCUCCUCCUCCUCCUCCUCCUCCUCCUCCUCCUCCUCCUCCUCCUCCUCCUCCUCCUCCUCCUCCUCCUCCUCCUCCUCCUCCUCCUCCUCCUCCUCCUCCUCCUCCUCCUCCUCCUCCUCCUCCUCCUCCUCCUCCUCCUCCUCCUCCUCCUCCUCCUCCUCCUCCUCCUCCUCCUCCUCCUCCUCCUCCUCCUCCUCCUCCUCCUCCUCCUCCUCCUCCUCCUCCUCCUCCUCCUCCUCCUCCUCCUCCUCCUCCUCCUCCUCCUCCUCCUCCUCCUCCUCCUCCUCCUCCUCCUCCUCCUCCUCCUCCUCCUCCUCCUCCUCCUCCUCCUCCUCCUCCUCCUCCUCCUCCUCCUCCUCCUCCUCCUCCUCCUCCUCCUCCUCCUCCUCCUCCUCCUCCUCCUCCUCCUCCUCCUCCUCCUCCUCCUCCUCCUCCUCCUCCUCCUCCUCCUCCUCCUCCUCCUCCUCCUCCUCCUCCUCCUCCU